CACUCUAUUCUUGUUCCUUCUAGCUUUCUGAUGAAUCUUUUCUCUCUGUUCUUUUAGUAUAGUUUUAAUGUUUUAAUAUAAUAUAUAUCAUAAUAUAAUAAACCAGCUUUCUGAGAACAUGGAGUCCAGACUCGUGUCUCCACACAUGGGGCACCAGACACGACAGGGCGCAGGUGGAAACAGGAGCCGAGCGCUCUCGGGGAAGCACCGCGCCGGUGGAGUUUGUGCCGGGCUGGGAGAGGAGGAGGAGGAAGAGGAGAGGAGGAGGAGAGGAGGAGGAUGGGCGGUGUGCGGCGGCAGCAGGAGGAAGUUUGGCCGCAGGAGCUUGCGGCGCAGGGCGGGCGUGUCCCGGGCUGCGGGCGCUCACCUGGCCCGGGUCAGGUUCCCGCUGGCACUCGCGCGUUCCGUGCCCGCACUGCGCUCUCCAGCACGGAAAACACCUCCGGACAUCUCCGGCUCCUGCUGCUGGGGACAGGCAAUGAAGCGAGUCAAGAAGUUCUGGUUUCUCCUUCUCCUGAUGGAUUUUUUAAUUUCCUUCCACACCACAGAGGCAAUUUCUGUGAUGGCCUCUCUCAGUUUGUUCUAUUUCAACAGCACCAGCAACAGGACGGUGUUUGAGCGCUGUGAAUGUGGCCUGUAUGGCUUUAACUCUCCUUACAUUGGUGCUCAGGGGGUGGUGGGCAUUCCAGCAGCUGCUGAUCACUAUGCCUGCGACAAAAAUACCGACUUCACUGUCACGGAAGCACCGUGGAUAGCCCUGAUUGAAAGGGGCAAUUGCAGUUUUGCUGAAAAAAUUCAGGUGGCAACCAGAAAGGGUGCAGCAGCGGCCGUGAUCUACAAUUCUCGAGGCAGAGGCAACAACACCCUCCUGAUGGCACAUCAAGGUGCUGAAAAGAUCGUUGCAAUUAUGAUUGGCAACCUGAAGGGCAUGGAAAUCCUGCGCCGGAUUCAGAGCGGCUUGAAAGUCACCAUGGUCAUCGAAGUGGGCAAAAAGCGCAGUCUUUCCAUGAAUAUCUUCACCAUCCUCUUCAUCUCUGUGUCCUUUUUUGUUGUGGCAGCAGCAACUGUGGGCUGCUAUGUCUCUUACUCUGCUCGGAGACUCAUUAUGGCAAGGGCCCAGUCCCGGGAGCAGCGGCGGCUGAGGGCCAGGGCCAAGAAGGCCAUUGAACAGAUGGAGCUGCGCACCCUGAGGGAAGGGGACAAGGAAACUGGUCCAGAUGGAGAUUCCUGUGUUGUGUGCUUUGAGCAGUACAAACCGAAUGAUGUAAUGCGUGUUCUGACUUGCAACCACUUCUUCCACAAGACCUGUAUUGACCCCUGGCUUCUGGAACACGGGACGUGUCCUCUGUGCAAGUGUGACAUCCUCAAAGUGUUGGGUGUGGAGAUGGAUGUAGAACCACGGUCUGAGCCUGUGCAAGCCCCAGGAUCCAGUGGCCAAAGACCUCUAUCCACUGUCACUAUAGUUAAUGAAGAGGACAAUCUUAGUGAAACAGCAUCAUCUGGAUAUGAUUCUGUACAGGGACCAGAUGAAUCUGCUCAGGAGGCACAGGCACCAUCAGAAAAUGACAACACACAUCCUGUGAGUGAAGAGUCCCAGCCCUGCACUGUGACUGUCCUUUCACAUGGUGACAACCCAGGUUUUGAGGGAGAUGAAACACAAGCUUGUGAAAGCAGAAUUGUUUGUGAAGUCACAUUGUAAGAACAUGCCCAGCCAUGUGGUGCAAGCCUUCUGCAAGGAGCUGCCUACUGCCAUUCCAUAUAAAACAAAAGUUGCAAGACUGCUGCAGAAAAUACUGCAUUGGCAAUGCUUAGAUAAAUAGACUUGUCCAAAUAGUAAUUAUAUGGUUUGCCUUUCUUAAAACUGUAUUUCCCACAGGAGUCUUAACACUCUCCAGGUAAAGCUGUCUUAAAUAUAAAGAAAACCAGCAGAUUUUAACUAAAACAAAAAUUCCAUCUUCAGCAAAGCUUCUCUACUGUGUUUGAGCUGUUUAAGUGAGAAGAUUUUGUACGUCAUAGUUGUCUCCACUGGGAAUUGUUUUGAGUUGAGUUUUUUUGCUUGUUAUUUUCAUUCAAGUGGAUUUUCAUUGUAAACAAAUUAUUUUGAUCUGAUACUUAUUUAUGAGACAGUUUUGUUUAAAGCAACAUGGUAUUUAAUGUUUCAGUGCACUAUUUUGAUAGGAGAAAGUGCAAACUAAUGCUUGUCAAACUGGAUUUUGUCCACAGUGUCUUUGGUUCUCUAGUAACCGACUGAUUCUCUACCUCUCAACUCCAGCCUGCCAACACACAUUCCUAAAGGGGAAGAAAAGAGAGCUGCAAGCUGACAGGCCAAAUCUGACUUACUGUAAAGGGAACAACUGCAGGAACUUUUCAAAUCUCGUUAAAGUUAGUUUGUUAGUCUGAAAGAUCCUCAAGUGAUUUGAGGAGCUAUAACCACCUCUAGCACCAGCAAUGUGCCAGAGUCCUGGCUUUGUGGGAGUCUGGGAUGACUUCAGGAAAGACUCGGCCGAAGAUGAACAGACAGGUUCUUAUGAAAGGAGCUGCUGUGUUUUGUUCAGAAAUGAUGCAGUCUCUGUAAAAUGCUGGACUGUUGCUGUACAUAGUCUUGCUCAAGUGCACAAGCUGCAGGGAGAGCCGAUGUCCUGUGAGUAACCGAGGGUUGGAGAAGCUGUCUGUCCUCCGUGUGGAGUUGAGAUGGGGUCAAGUAGGAACACUGGGUGUGCCUCAAUAGUAAGUGACUUGGCCUUGUCCAGUGAAGGUAACUAAGGACAUCUUAUAAAUGCACUUUAUUUUUUUACCUCUGCAUCUUUGACUAGUUUCUAUUGUUUAGUAGGAUUUUGUCUCCAAUAAAUAACUUAAGAAUCGGAGGGGGAAAGCAAUGCAUUUUCUUAGCUAUAGUACAAAUGAAAUGGUUGUAAAUAUUUCAUAAUUUGUAUUGAAUUUGAAUAUGAAAAUGUAACUGUAAAUAAAACACUAUUUUUGAUGA